GAGAGCCCGCCCUUCCGCUCCCAGCUCCCGCCCGCAGUUCAAACUGGGAAGAUGGCGGGGGCUCCUGUAGUAGUCCCUUCCCCUCCGCGGGACGUGGAGAGGGCGACCGGGGCGGACGACGGGGACUCGGCCGCCGCCACCUCCCGAGAGGACUUCCGGGUGCGCUGCACCUCAAAGCGGGCCGUGACGGAAAUGCUAGAGCUGUGCGGCCGCUUUGUGAAAAAGCUCGGGGACACGCUGCCAGAGGAGAUUCGGGAGCCCGCGCUGCGAGAUGUGCAGUGGACUUUUGAAUCAGCUGUGCAAGAGAAUGUCAGCAUCAAUGGACAAGCAUGGCAGGAAGCUUCAGACAGUUUUAUGGAUUCUGAUAUCAAAGUACUUGAAGAUCAGUUUGAUGAAAUCAUAGUAGAUAUAGCCACAAAACGUAAGCAGUAUCCCAGAAAGAUCCUUGAAUGUGUCAUCAAAACCAUAAAAGCAAAACAAGAAAUUCUGAAGCAGUACUACCCUGUUGUACAUCCAUUGGACCUCAAAUAUGACCCUGAUCCAGCCUGUCGUGUGGAAAAUUUGAAAUGCAGGGGAGAAACAAUAGCUAAGGAAAUCAGUGAAGCCAUGAAGUCCUUGCCUGCAUUAAUUGAACAAGGAAAUGGAUUUUCCCAAGUUUUAAAGAUGCAGCCUAUUAUCCAGCUCCAGAGGGUCCACCAAGAAGUCUUUUCCGGUUGUUAUAGGAAACCAGAUGUUAAACCUGAGAGCUUUAUAACACAAAUAGAAACCACACCAACAGAGACUUCAACCAGGAAAGCCACUGACCUGGUCCUGAAAAGAAGGCGACCUAAAGACUGUCCCCAGAGAAAAUGGUAUCCACUGCGGCCAAAGAGAAUUAAUCUCGACACAUAAACUCUUCUUGUUUGUCUUGAGAGUUGAAAUUCAGCACUGUCAACAUGUAGAUUAUAGCCUAAUGCCUAGACAGGACUUCAUUUAAAAAGGCAAAUAACUCUUUAACUAGUGAUUCCUUUAUACAAAUAUAGUAGCUCUAUGCUAGGAUAUAAUGUAAUAAUUGUAUUUCCUCAACAUUUCGUCUCUGGUAGGUGAAAAGUAUAUUUUUUGAAUAUUGGCACAAAGCCCAUCAGUGGGCAUUAAGAGUGUAGGCUUUUACAGUCCUUAGACGUAAUUAGCUCUUGGCUGCCUUACAUUUUGUGGAAUAUCACUAGUAACACGUUCUAUUGGAUUUCUAGUAUACAUCUUUCUUUUAAGAAGAGCAGUGUCACAGUUGUCUCUAAGUGCUAAAAGUAAUCAUCAGUUCUGUUUAGGAGCUAGGAGCAGAUAAAGUUUGUUUGUUUCCCCAAUGCAGUUUGAUUUAUCACAUUGAUAUGCAGAUGAGGAGACUGGCUUUGACUUUGUUAUUCCAAGUUUGGCUAAUUUGGAUUUGUGGUAUUAUUUUUAGAAUUUUUUUGUUUUUGUUUUGUAAGACAAAGAUGAUUUAUUUAUAUAAGACUUUCUCUUAGAAAUAAAAAUUGGCAUGUAGCCAAUGUUUCUUGUCCACACUUAUUUUCUAUAGGCCUUUCAACUUUUAAACAUUAUUUGACUUGGGACUAAGGUUUUCUCUUCAGAAUUUUUUAUUAUAUCUUUGUACAUGAUUGCAGUUCAAAAAUAUAUAUUGGAUUAAAAAUUAACAAGUUGUCAUUGUAGAACAAAUAUAGUUGCAAUCAAACUGAACUAUUUUACAUUUACGACUGUUUAUUAUCAAGGAUGUUAUUGGUAGAAGGCAAAGAAAGCUAUAUCGCCUAUAGCUCUAAUAUUUCACUUUAGCUUAUUAUAGCUCUUACUGUGUCUCUUCCACACAUUAAUACAAUGUAGGCAGGGCCAUCUAACUUUUCUCCUUUACUCCUUUGAUGCUUAUAACUUCAUUCGUUUGCAGAGGAAUUUAAUCAUGAUGUUGGGAAAUCUGUAAUUCUCAUUUAUUAUGUCUUAACAAUCAUGAAAAUGUGAUAAAGUCUGUCUCAGUGAAGAAAAUUUACAAAGCCACUUUAUUGCACUCUGUAUUUUAAUGUUGCAAUUUCAGAUCUGUAUAUUUGUAAUUGCAGUGUGUUUUUAAUUAAAAUAAUGUACAAAGACUGAAA